GAGAAUACACAAACCUUUACCUUUGCAGCCACCGGAGCUAAUCUAUACACGUGCCGAGGAAAAGGACGGAGAAGAAAGAAGAGGAAAGACAAUUUAGAAACCCUAUUGAAAACCCAAGUCUUAUUCUUUGUUAGUGUUUUAAAAGAGGGAAGGAAGGAAAAAAACUCAAAAUGAAGCCCAAGUUUGGAAAUGACCUGACCAAUGUAAUCCUGCGCCAGUCCCAGGUGGUGCAGACCCGGAUGGCAGGGAGGGCGGUCAUCAAGGUGGUCAACAGAUGCAACGACGCCAAGGAAAACAACAGUCUGAACCUGAGCGAGUGCCAACUGUGCCAGGUCCCGGACGCCGUGUUCCACCUGAUGCGCAACACGCCGCUCACAACCUGCAACCUCUCCGGGAACCUGCUCUCCAAGAUUCCUCCCAAGUUUGCCCUCAAGUUCUGCCUUAUUACAGAGCUGAACGUGUCGCACAACAAGAUGUCCAAGCUGCCUGAGGAGCUCGCGGAUUGCGUGGAGCUCCAGCACCUCGACCUCAGCCACAACUCCUACGUCAACCUGCCUUCCGUGGUGUUCCGCCUGCCCAAGAUCAAGUCCAUCCACGCUAACAACAACUACAUCAUGGACAUCGAAGUGGAGGAAGUACAGCGAGCAAAAACCCUUGAGGACUUCGACAUCUCCGAGAACCCCCUCACGGCCAAGAGCCACGAGGGCCUCAGUGCCGUCACCAAGCUGAGGGUCAAGCUGAGUCCCCGGGAGCUGGAGGAGUGGGAGGACCUCAACGUCUGAGUCCUGCCGUCAUUCCUAAGGGUCCUCACCGCAGCUCCCCCUCAAUCCCUGUGAACUGUGGACGUCAUCUGUGGCUUGGUUAGGGUCUUGUGUGUUGUGGUGUGGUGUGAAGGGAUGGAAGGGAGGGAAGGUUAGAGAGGAAGGAAGACAGGGAGAGGAGAGGAAGGAAGGGAAAAAAUGGCAAAGGAAAGGAAAGAAGAAAGUAAGGACAGAAGGAAGGAAGGCAAAAAAAGAAACAACAUCGGAGUCUUGUUCCUCUUGAGCAUGGAGGGAGAAUGAAAGAAAAGAUAAGAAAGAAGGAAAGAAAAAAAAUAAGGAAGGAGGAAAAUAAAGAGAAGGAAGAAACAUCAUCUGAGCUAGUCAACAGUGUGGAGAAAGAAAGAAAGGAAGGAGGAAAGGAAGAUCAUCUGAUUUUGUGUGCUGAGGGUGUGUUGGAAGAUGAGAGGAAGAAAAGAAAAGAAGGAAGGAAGGACUGGCUGGUCUGUUAAUAGGAAGCAAGUCUCAGGCAAGAAACUUCAAGUAUGAUUCCUUUUUCUUCAGUUUAUGGGUAUUUCUGUCUUAAUGGCUUAGUUGGUUGGUUGACUCCCUUCCUCUCCUUGUAUGUCCUUUUUUAUCAUCUGUCACUGUGAAUGUUUUGUCUCGGUAACUUGUCAUGUGUUGUUGCUUCUCUGUGCUAUCUAUUUGAAGACUUAAGAACAAACAAACGAACAAAAAAAAGCUUUAUUAUGUUAGUUAUACUCAGCCAAAGAUGUUCCAGAUUAAACAAAAAAAUCUGCAUGACAUUACUCAGAGUUCUAUCAGUGUUGCCACCUCCUGACCCCUCAGCUCUGCCCCUGCCUACUCCCUCCCCAUUUAUCUCUCCCGGUUAUUAGUGUCUUCUGUCCUAUCUCGCACACAAGUCUCUAUUUUCAUGGUUUAGGUUGUCUACUCAAAAAGUCAACAUGGUACAGGUUGAAGGUUGAAGGAAAUGAAGGUUGAGAUUGAGGUUAUUAAGGAAGAAGGUGAGAUCGUCGAGGAUACAAAGGAGAGAAGCUGAGAUCGUAGAGACAAAGAAAGAAGCUAAGAUCGGAAAGACAUGGGAGGAACAGAUCGAGGUGUUAGAAAGGAAGAAGCCGAGAUCGAAAAAAUCCAAAUCAACAAGAGUCCAACAAAAGAUCAAGAUGGUCUAUUGAAAUUGACAAAACAGGACAAAAAAUCAAGACUGUUUCUGUAUUAAAAAUCUACCACCUGUAAACCUGACAUGGAAGUCUCUGAUGCUGCAUUGACAUGACUUUUUAGCAGCCCAGGAACCAACGUCUUAGGACUUUACUCUUACGAAUCUCCAGUAAGACGCUUGUGUGUUUGUGUGUGAGAGAGAGAAGUCGGAUCUUAUUUUCUGUUGACGGUGAUCUGUACGAUUGAUUAUAUUUUGUAAUUUAGGCUCUGGGUUAAAAUUUAAAGCAAGAUUGUUUUGUAAUUGAGUCUGGGGCAAAAUUAUGUUUUGUAAUUUAGGCUCAGGGAAGGUUUAAAGUAAGAUUUUGUAAUUGACUUUAGGACAAGAUUAUGUUCUGUAAUUUAGGCUCUGGGGCAAGAUUUAGAGCAAGAUUGUUUUGUAAUUGACUUUAGGACAAGAUUAUGUUCUGUAAUUUAGGCUCUGGGGCAAGAUUUAAAGCAAGAUUGUUUUGUAUUUGAGACGGGGGCAAGAUAAUGUUUUCAAAUUUAGAGUUGGGCAAAAUUUAUAACAAUAUUGUUUUGUGAUCAAGACUUGGGGGAGAUUGUUUUCUAAUUUACACUCUGGGGCAAGAUUAUGUUUUGUAAUCAAGAGUGGGGCAAGACUGUUUUCUAAUCAAGGUUUUGUAUCAAUGUUCUUGGGCAGGACUUCACUACUCUCUUGGCUGCUGUUCCCCCUAAGCCAAGCCGGCGAUGGAUGUCUUUCACAGUAACGCUGGAGCUUACCACAGUUUCUAGUCACAGGUUGGGAUGUAUAUAUUGUAUUAUAUAUCAAGCAUCUGGUGGUGGACUUGACUGAUGUACAUUAUAUAUUUUAAACUAAUUUUAUAAUACGUGUUAUUCUUGUACUAGCGUUUAAGCAUUUUUUGGAGAAUCAUAUCAUGCACUGAUUGGUUAUGAGCUGAGCGCAACCUCUCAGGUGAAGAAUAUAAAGUGAUAGCCCUUAACCCACACUAAUACCAGAGACACAGAAAGGAGAGUGUGGCUGACUUUGUCUCAGGUGUCUUGUUGUCACCAAAAGAUCCAAGCAGAAUUCAGAUUAAUGCCGAUACAAAUGUUUUCUCUGUUCAAGGUACCAUCAAGAUCUCAAAGAAGUACCUCAAACACAUAAGAAACACUUGUAUCGGCAUCAAUCUGAAUAUCGUGUAUCUCUUUUGGUAACAGCUUGGUGCCUGUGAUCAAGAUAGCCAAAUUCUCCUAUUCUAUGACUCUGACUAAUACGAAAUAUAUUAGACGCUGCCUUUCCUCGUAAGCAUAAUCUUUUUACCUCGAUAACUCUCUACUAACCUGGAAACUAUUACAUACUGUUAUUCCUCUCUCAGAUCACUACCUUGAAUGCGUGUGUGAGCGACUAUUUUUGCAUUCCGUGACAUUUGUCUAACACUAGGGAUUCAAGCCUCUUCGUACUCUAUUCAUUUCAUCAUCAUGGCCCUUUAAAAAUUCUGAGGUAAUGUGUACUGUUAUAAUGAUCUGUUAUAAGACAAAAGUACAGUACCUGCCUCUUGUUCCAGUGAUGAAUGGUCAUAUAAGCACAGAGGAUCAUAUUUAAGAAUUGAUUUUGUAUGGUUCAGUGACUUGGUUAGGUCAGUAUGCUUUGGACAGUGUUCAGCAAUUGAGUCACUUACAGAUUAUAACACAACCAAUCUUAGGUCAAAUUUAUCCCCAUGAGUUAUACAAGUACAUAAAUAAUUGUUACUAUGGUCAUGUCAUAUGCACAGGUUUUAUAUGAAAGGAGGACCAUAUCUAGGAAUUGAUUUUGUAUGGUUUAGUUAAGCAAUCGAGUCACUUGCAGAUUGUAACACGACCAAUAUUAGAUCAACAAGUAAUAUUUAGAGGAAUCAUCUCCAAGAACCCCCACCCCUUAAAUUGAGUUAUAUAAAUACAUGAGUUAUUGUUACUGUAGCCAUGUCAUAAUCAGGGUCAAGAGUGGGUUGGGGAGCCAUGCAUGACAAAACCAAGCAGUAGAUCAAGGGAAUGCUUUACCAAGUGAAAUCAUGUGUACAAAGAAACAUACACAAGUUGAAGGUCUUAGAUAUGUCAAAAUUUAAUGAUAUACAGAACAUUUUGAGCUUGACUAAAUCCGAUGAAGUUACAAAUAGGCAAGAACAAAUAUAGGUAGGCACUUCCACCCAAACCCACCAAGCUGAGUGAAUCAUAUCGACUUACUUUGGUCUUUUUCUUCUAUCUUCUAAAGUCCUCAUAACAGUGUCUCCCUCUAAAUCCACAAUAGUUUCCUCACUUACUCUUUGCUUACUUACUCGUAGUGUUAAGUUCCGAGAAGUGGAAAUUUAUUGCCACUAACUUUUUUUGUGAGUAACGUUAACAGUUUACAUUUGGACAUUAACUUACGAUUUUUGUAUGGGUGUUUUGGUAAAGGUCACAAAAGUAUAGAGAAAUUGGAUGUGCUAUGUAACUUUUUUGUGGGAGACUGAGUUGCCAAAUACCAAUACAUUCAAAUUUUUCCGUUCCAAGGUGGGCAUCAUGGCGAACAAUCUUUUUUUCUACAUAUGGAGUACAAAAUUAGGAAAGAAUGUUAUUUAUGUGUAGGGGGAAGCAAUGUUGGCAAAAAAAGUAUCAAACAUUCAUGAGUCGACUGAAUAUAUUUUGAGUGAAAUAUAUAGACAUGGUGUUAUUUUGGUUAGGUGGGUGACGAGAGUUCCAUGGAUGUUCGAUACUAUUUUGCUAACUACCCACUCAUCAGCACAGUCUUGAGCCAAUGACUUUACUACAAACAGAAGGGCUGACAAGUACAAGUGCUGCCCUCUAUACAGAAUUAAGUUUUAAAAGUUCCCCAUUACACAGCCUCCCUUUUUUCUUUAUAUGGAAUUCAGAAGUAGGGAAGAAUGUUUAUGUAUAGGGGGCAGCACUGUACCCACCCAUCAGUCCUCUUUAGAGCUAACGGCUACUAACAGAAGGGCUGAUAAAUAUACAAGUGCUGCCCUCUAUACUACGCAGAAGCCUUGAAAUUCACCCCCUAUACAGCCUUUCUUGAUGUCCACCUAAUAGCCUGGAAAAAUUAGACGAUAUCGGUAUUUGAGAACUCUGUCACCCCAAAACAUUGUUCACUCUGAGAAAAUUUAUUAACCUUAGAAUUUGUUAAUCGGGAAAAGAAAGCUAGAUAUAUUUAUGUAUGUAUUUGUAUAUAUGUCGCGUACUAAGUUAAGUUUUACCCUGAUGAAAUAUACCACUUUAUUGUUAGUAAUUGUAGAAACAGAUUUUUAUACUCAAAUACAUUUAUUAUAAGAUACAGAAGAGA